AUGAGAACAGACGAGUUAAAUCGGCCAGACGCUUCAAAUAAGAGUCUGAAGCAGAAAUUGAAACAAAAUAUAGUGAUUGUUGGGGUAAUAGUCGGAGUAUCUCUGAUCAUCCUUGGAAUAAUAUUAAUAAGUUGUGCUUUUAAGACAGACGGAUAUGAAAUAAUUGAAGAUUAUACAGACUGUGUCGAUUACAAAAGUCGAGAUGUGAAAUGCAAGGAUUCUUUAAAAGUUAAUUCACAAGUGUGUUCCUGUUUUCUACAAAUAAAUGUAGGACAACUGAUGAAAGCACCUGUGACUCUGUUCUACGAGCUGGAGUCAUAUGCUGAUAUAACAAGCAAGUACGCCAACUCAAGGGAUGAUAAUCAGCUGGCUGGUCAGCUGAUCACAACUUCGUCCAGCUGCGAUAACUACACUUACGUCACCACGACGGAAGGCAAGAAGCUUAUCGCACCCUGUGGAGCUCUUGCAGACGCUAUGUUCAAUGAUACGUUCAGCAUGCAAAUAAACAACACGUACUUGAUAGGUAUUCGAACUGGUUUGUUAUCGGAAGAAGAGAAGAAACCUUAUCACAAUCCACCAGGAGACCUCAAUGCGGUUUUACAGAAUUACGCGAAACCGAUUAACUGGAGAGAUAAUAUUACGAUGCUGGAUGAAGACCAUCCUGAAAAUAAUGGAUUUCAGAAUGAGGCGUUCAUUGCGUGGAUGAAGACGGACUUGCAUCGUAAACCGGUAAUGCGUAUUAACCAUACGGGGUACUACGAACAAGGUCUGCCUCCGGCCAAAUACGUGAUACGAGUUAGAUAUGCGUAUCCCGAGGAACGUUACAGCGGACGAAGAAAAAUCAUCAUCAGUUCUGUCCGCAAAUCGACAAAUUAUGUUUCACUUAAUUUUGGCAUUAUCUUCUUAGUACUGGGCUUAGCGGCCGUUGUUGCUGUAGCCGUAUCAUUUUACUUAAGGCGUAGGGCGGGCCGCUUGUAA